AAUAAAAAAUAGUAAUACUAACAUUACUAUAUAAGGUUUUGAUAAUAAAUAAUGAAGCCUGCUCUCUUAAUGACACAAAGAGACAGUAGGUUACUGACAGAAAACAAAAGCGCUGUGCUACUGAGCGCGCCAGCACAAUCGGGGCGGGCGGUUUGGGUUUCGAACUGUGUCCGUGACAGAGUACGGUCCAAUAGUCAUCAGGUGACGUAACGCGUUCUAUCCAAUGGCAGACGUGUGCUUUCUAUCCGCCCAAUGAGAACAGGGCAGCGUUAGGGCUUAAAAUGACAGCGUUCGCCAGCGCCGUUUAUUGUGGUUUUUUCCUCCGUGAAGUUCACAGUUCGACGCUAUGGCAAGAACCAAGCAGACCGCCCGUAAGUCCACUGGUGGCAAAGCGCCCAGAAAGCAGCUCGCUACUAAAGCUGCUCGCAAGAGCGCCCCGGCUACCGGCGGCGUGAAGAAGCCUCACCGUUACAGGCCCGGCACCGUUGCUCUGAGGGAGAUCCGCCGUUAUCAGAAGUCUACUGAGCUGCUUAUCCGUAAGCUGCCCUUCCAGCGCCUGGUCCGAGAAAUCGCUCAGGAUUUCAAGACCGACUUGCGUUUCCAGAGUUCGGCCGUCAUGGCCUUGCAGGAGGCUAGCGAGGCAUACCUGGUCGGUCUGUUCGAGGACACCAACCUUAGAAUAGUGAUUAUCAUGUCUGGUAGAGGUAAAGGCGGUAAGGGACUCGGUAAAGGGGGCGCAAAGCGUCAUCGUAAGGUCCUUCGCGAUAACAUCCAGGGAAUCACUAAGCCGGCUAUUCGCCGUCUGGCUCGCCGUGGCGGUGUUAAGCGUAUUUCCGGCCUGAUUUAUGAAGAGACUCGCGGUGUGUUGAAAGUCUUCUUGGAGAACGUCAUCCGCGACGCCGUCACCUACACCGAGCACGCCAAAAGAAAGACCGUCACCGCCAUGGAUGUGGUGUACGCUCUGAAACGCCAGGGACGCACUCUGUACGGCUUCGGCGGAUAAACGUUCAACACCGAACCACAUCAACACAACGGCUCUUUUAAGAGCCACC